AUGCAUCUUAUUUUCUCUCUUAUACUUUUUAUUUUCUUGGGAUUCGAUGUUCUCGCCGCUCCAGGUUUACGUCGAUCCGCUUCAACCGCUCACAAAAGGUCUUUCCGAAUCGAACGAGUCAAACGCAACGACUAUGUACGCAAUUCCCCCGCUGCUUUAAGUAAAGCAUACCGCAAGUUUGGGAUUACGGCUUCUCUCAUGGAGGGUGGGGAUCUGCACGACUUUGAGCCAUUCUCCAACGGCACGAGCUAUAGGAGCGCUUCGGUAGAAACCCAAUCAACAACAGAGACAGACGAGACAGACGAGACAGACGAGACAGACGAGGAAGGAACGGUCAGUGCGACAUCCGUGGAGGGAGGCUCGGAGUAUGUGUCUCCCGUUCUCAUCGGAGGCCAAAACAUCACCAUGGAUUUCGAUACUGGAUCUGCAGAUAUGUGGGUGAUGAACUCCAACCUAUCAUCCUCUAUGAUAAGCGGCCACUCAGUCUACAAUUUUUCAAAAUCAAGCACCUUCGAAAAAGUAGCAGGCGAGUUCAAGGUCUCCUAUGGCGACUCAUCAUACGCAAGCGGCAAUCUAGCCAAAGACACCGUCAAUAUCGGCGGAGCAGUGGUCAAAAACCAAGUCUUCGGUCUCCCAAACAAAGUAUCCAGUUCAUUCGUCGAAGAUACCAAUUCCAACGGCAUAGUCGGACUCAGUUUCUCCUCUAUCAACUCAUUCGACCCAGGUCCUCAGAAGACAUUUUUCGACAACGUCGCCCCAGACCUCGAAUUACCAGUCUUCACCUCCUACCUUCGUGGCGACAGAGGCUCAUAUGAAUUCGGUGCCAUCGACCAGAGCCUGUAUAGCGGCAUGAUGGUCAAUGUCAGCGUCGACUCCUCAAACGGAUUCUGGCAGUUCGAUUCGACGAAGUACAAAGUUGGUACUGGACAAAAACUGCACAAUAUCACCACUACGAAAACUGCUAUUUGUGAUACUGGUACUACGCUACUGUUGGUUAGUCCGGAUGUUGUAUCAGAUUUUUAUUCGCAGGUCAAUGGCUCGGCGUAUUCGAAUAGUGUUGGGGGUUAUAUCUAUCCCUGUGAAGCGGAAUUGCCGGAUUUAAGUAUUGAAAUUGGUCACGGUUUCACGGCGACUAUCCCUGGAUUGAAUUUGGGCUAUGAGGAAGUUGGGACUAAUACGACAACGGGUGAAACUAUGUGCUAUGGUGGUGUACAGUCUUGUGCAGGGUCUGACUUUCAGAUCUUUGGGGAUAUCUUCCUCAGGGCGUUUUAUGUGGUUUUUGAUCAGCGCGGCCCAUCAUUGGGGAUCGCAGCUCCUGCAUGA